AUGAAUAAUAGUGAUAAAGAAAUUUAUGAUCUUAUACAAGAAGAAAAAGUAGAUGAUUUUAUAUCCCAAAGAGAAGAACUUAGAAAUAAAGCUAAGCAGCAAAUUUUGAAGGUACAAGAAGAGAAUUCUAAAAACUUUAAUAAAGGAAGAAAGCAGACGAGCACGAACUUAGUGGGAAAAUUCACUCAGAGCGUUCGCCGUAUCGUGCAAGAUGUCAAAGACGAAGGAACAUCAAGCGGCCAGACGAAAGAAGAGGUGAUAGAAACCAAUGAACGUCUGCGAGCAGUCAGAGUACGGCUGGAUGAAAACUAUGACACUGCGAAAAAAGCGCUGGUAACUCUCAUGACACGAUACAGCGACUCCAAGUCCCAGAGGAACGUCUUCACUAGAUAUGCCUUACUCAAAGCCAUGAUUAAGGAUGUAAUCCGCCUGGAAACUCAAUACUGGUCGCUGGUAGAGAUACCUCGCCAAGAGAAAGCAGAAACUGUACCAGCGUUUGUGCUUCGCGCCUGUGCUAUCAUGGAGAAGACUCAGAAAUCUGGAGAAGGCGUUAAGACUUCGUCGAAGCUAGCUGAAGAAGCAGCCGAUCGAAGGGAACGGAUAGAAAGACUGAACGAUAUGACAACAUCCCAGAUAGAAACGGAGAACACGCAAAUGACAAAUGAUUUGUAUCGCUUACUGAAGAAGUAUACAGGACUGAGGAAUCUCAUUCGAGAGUUGAAGUCAGAGUACGUGAGCUCGAAGGUGUAUCCGAUGUUCCCGCGGUACACGAUGCUGAAGGACAUGAUCAAGGACAUCAUGCAUGACCCCGACUACAUGGAGGUGUGCCACGAGGUGGACCCAUAGCGCGGGGUGCGCAAAUAAAUGAGGCACUCCUUCACCGACCGGCAACGGUCGUGUCGUCGUCGCUAGGUGGCUAGAGAUCGGAUGUGUGACGGUAUCUCUCCUUGUACCAUUUCAUUUGUACUCUUAUUGUCUGCAGGCGGUAGGUUUGGAUUAGGAAAUGUAUAUUCUAAAACGUUUUGGCCAACUAUUCGUGAAUAUUCAAAUAUUUUGUAAGUAUUUACUAUCAACAAUUAUAUGUUAAUCUGGAAUUUAAUAACCUUUGAAUCUCGUUUAACAAUUAAGUCUUGAGUCAGGAGUAGGAUGUUUACCAAAGAUUUAGUUUUAUAUUUUGUAUUAUGAACUUUAAUUUAUC